GUCAAUUACUCGUCAAACAAGUUGAGUAAAUUACACCCACCGAACUUGAUCAAUUUACCAAUUUAUAUAGAAAUUAUCUAUAAAUUACCCCAAAAUUUUCGAUAUUUAUAACAUUUAUCGAAAUCAGGCGGAGAUGACGAAUCAAGCUUCGCCAGUUGAGGAGCAGGAGAAGCUUCUUGAAGAAGCUUUAAAUGUUGUAAAAGUACAGGCAUUUCAAAUGAAAAGAUGUUUGGACAAAUCAAAGCUGAUGGAUGCACUAAAGCAUGCUUCCACAAUGCUAGGAGAGCUUCGUACUUCUCUGCUGUCACCUAAAAGCUACUACGAACUGUACAUGGCUAUAACGGAUGAGCUGCGUCAUUUAGAACUGUACCUGCUUGAGGAGUUCCAGAAGGGACGUAAAGUGGCUGAUCUUUAUGAACUAGUGCAAUAUGCUGGCAACAUUGUGCCCCGACUGUACUUGCUGAUAACUGUAGGACUGGUUUAUAUAAAGACUAGUACUAAUCUUAGGAGAGAUCUAUUGAAGGAUCUGGUUGAGAUGUGCCGUGGGGUCCAACAUCCGUUGCGUGGGCUUUUCCUAAGAAACUAUUUGCUGCAGUGUACCAGGAACAUUUUACCCGAUACCAUUGAGGCAGCUAAUGAAAAUGAAGGCACUGUUCGCGACGCAAUUGAUUUCGUGUUAAUGAACUUUGCUGAAAUGAAUAAAUUGUGGGUGCGAAUGCAGCAUCAAGGCCACUCCAGGGACAAAGAACGCCGUGAACGCGAACGUUCCGAAUUACGUAUCCUCGUUGGUACAAACCUGGUGCGAUUGUCGCAACUGGAGUCGGUCGGAGUGGAAGAUUACAGGCGGCUGGUGCUGCCGGGGAUACUGGAGCAAGUGGUCAGUUGUAGAGAUGCCAUAGCGCAGGAGUAUCUCAUGGAGUGUAUUAUACAGGUAUUCCCUGACGAAUUCCACUUGGCGAACCUUCAGCCAUUCCUCAAGUCGUGUGCCGAACUACAACCGGGAGUCAAUAUAAAGAACAUAAUCAUUGCUCUUAUUGAACGCUUAGCUGCAUAUAGUCAGAGAAACGAAGGUAACAUAAACCUGAGCGUGGUUUUAGAGGAUGGUAAAGAACAAGAGGUGCAAUUGUUUGAAGUAUUCUCUGACCAGGUGGCGGCUAUUACUCAGAGUCGUACAGACAUGCCGCCAGAAGACAUGCUGUCGCUGCAACUGGCUCUGCUGAAGUUGGCACAGCGCUGUCAUCCGGACAAGCUCAGCUAUGUAGAUCGAGUAUUGGCCCACACGGACCGGAUCUGUGCUGAUAUUCAGCAGACUAGUGGCAAAACUCACAUAGAACACAACACGCCAGUAUUCAAGGAGCUCAUGAAGAUCUUAAAGCUUCCAGCUGACCACUACAAGAAUAUACUGACGCUGAUAAAGCUGCAGAAUUAUGCUCCGUUGAUCAAUAGACUGAAUCAACCUGGAAGGCUCAUGAUAGCCGUUCAUUUGGUGUCUGAUGUACUGGAGAGCGACACUACUGUGUCUACUCCGGAGGAUGUUGACUCGGUAUUGACCAUGGUGGACGUGUUGGUGAAGGACCAGCCCGAUCAGCCGGAAGAGUGCGACGCUGAAGAUUUCAUGGAGGAGCAGGGUCUAUUGGCCAGGUUAAUACAUCACUUCAAAUCGGACUCAGCAGACCAACAAUACCAGAUACUCAGUGCGGCGAGAAAGGCGCUACAAGGCGGUGGAGCGAAACGCAUACAGCACACGUUCCCGCCGAUAGUGUUUCAUGCUUACCGGCUCGCUUUUGUGUACAAGGACCUUAAGGACCAGGACGAAAUGUGGGAAAAGAAAUGUCAGAAAAUAUUCCAGUUUUGUCAUCAGACUAUCAGUAUGCUGGUGAAAGCUGAACUCGCUGAAUUACCACUGAGAUUAUACUUGCAAGGUGCUCUAGCGAUCAGCGAGAUCGGUUUCGCGAACCACGAAACGAUCGCCUACGAGUAUCUCUCGCAGGCCUUCUCGCUAUACGAGGACGAGAUAUCCGAUAGCAAAGCGCAAUUGGCGGCCAUCACUCUGAUCAUAGCCACGUUUGAGCAGAUCAACUGUUUUGGCGCCGAAAAUGCUGAGCCAAUGCGCACAGGUUGCGCGCUAGCGGCGAGCAAGUUGCUGAAGAAGCCCGACCAGAGCCGAGCCGUGGCGCUGUGCGCGCACCUAUUCUGGAAGGGCGCUAAGGAUGGGAAACAGUGGCCGCUGAACGAAGCGAGCCGAGCGCUCGACUGCCUGAAGAAGGCGGCGCGGGUCGCGCAGCAGUGCAUGGACGGCGGCGUGCAGGCGCAGCUGCUCGCCGAGCUGCUCGGCCGCUACGCGCUGCUGCGGGAACGCGGCAACGAGGCGCUCACCACUAAUCUCAUUGAAGCGAUAAUACAGAAAAUCCGCGAGGAGCUGGCGAACCUCGACCAAUCGGAAGAAGUGGAGCAGAUAACGAAACACUUCCACAACACACUGCAGCACCUCAAGAACAGAAUGGAGUGUCCCGACCCGGACGGGCUCGGGUAUGAGGGGCUAGUGUUGUCGUAAAAAUAAAGAAAUAAAGGAAAAAAUAUUUGUUGUCUAUGGUAUUUUUUUAUAGAGCGUAGAUGUGUGAUGGAGGAGAUACGAUUGUGCUACUUUUGAUGGGUUUAUAAAUGUUAGUAGUGCAGUGUAAUAUGAAGUAUUUUGUUUUUGUUUGAAAUUUUUUAGUUUCCGUUACGGGAUUUAUUAGUUCACGUUACAGGACUCGUGAUAGCAAGCAAACAAGCAAGAUUUAUAUGUGUGUGAUGAAAUUAACAUUAUGUAAGAUAUUUGUUUUAUACUCUUUGUACAAUUUAGCACAAUCGCUGUGUUCUUCAUUGAAUGGUUAAAGUUAUUGCAAUAUCCAUUCAUUAUUGGUAUUUUGUUUCAUCUGUAGCAACAA